UUCCACACCAACACACCUUCAGCGAUCAACAAGCGACUUCAGCUACAGCUAGCGAUCAUUUCACUCCUUACAUUCUACUUUUCACAACAUCCUCUUUGGAAAAUGGUAAGUUGUAAAUAUAUACCCUACAGAGGCUGAGAUUAUUGAGGCAGGAGGCUGAGCCAUCCACACCUCCAAAACCUACACCUCUCACAUGAGUUUAUGGAGGAAGAUUAGGCCGAGCCAUCCACAGCCCCAGCUCCUACACCGCCCACAGGGGCUGAGAUUGUGGAGGGAGAGGAGGCCAAGCCAUCCAUUGCUCCAGCUCCUAUACCACCCACAGGGGCUGAGAUUAUGGAGGCAGAGGAUGUCGAGCCAUCCACAGUCCCAACUCCUACACCUCUCACAUGGGCUCAGAUUGUGAAACAGAAAAAGAAACAGCCUGAGGAGGUUAAGGAGAAGAAGGAGAAAAUCACGGAGUCCAGGGAGCAGAAGAUGCAGGCUGAAGUCAACCAGCAGGUGCCAGAUAAGGUGAAGAAGUUCCCAACUCCUACAACUCUCACAGGGUGUGAGAUUAUGGAGGCAAAGGAGGCCGAGCCAUCCACAGUCCCAACUCCUACACCUCUCACAUCGGCUCAGAUUGUGAGACAGAAAAAGAAACAGCCUGAGGAGGUUAAGGAGAAGAAGGAGAAAAUCACGGAGUCCAGGGAGCAGAAGAUGCAGGCUGAAGUCAACCAGCAGCUGCCAGAUAAGGUGAAGAAGUUCCCAACUCCUACAACUCUCACAGGGUGUGAGAUUAUGGAGGCAAAGGAGGCCGAGCAAUCCACAGUCCCAACUCCUACACCUCUCACAUCGGCUCAGAUUGUGAGACAGAAAAAGAAACAGCCUGAGGAGGUUAAGGAGAAGAAGGAGAAAAUCACGGAGUCCAGGGAGCAGAAGAUGCAGGCUGAAGUCAACCAACAGCUGCCAGAUAAGGUGAAGUUCCCAACUCCAACACCUCUCACAGGGUGUGAGAUUAUGGAGGCAAAGGAGGCCGAGCCAUCCAUAGUCCCAACUCCUACAACUCUUACAGGGGGUGAAAUUGUGGAUAAAGAAGAGGCUGAGCCAUCCACACCCCCAACUCCUAUACCUCUCACAUGGGCUGAGAUUGUAAAACAGAAUACAAAACAGCCUGAGGAGGUUGAGGAGAAGAAGGAGAAAAUUAAGGAGUCCAGGGAGCAGAAGAUGCAGGCUGAAGUCAACCAGCAGCUGCCAUAUAAAAUGAAGAAGCUCCCUAUGGAGUCUCACAACAGGAAGAACAACAAGAGUGUCGAACUGUUCAUAAGGAAUCUGGACUACAGCCUGGACGACAAGCGCCUGUACAAAGAGUUCCUCCAAUUCGGAGCCGUCAUCAGUGCAAAGGUGGUGAUGGAGAACGGCUGCUCAAAAGGAUUUGGCUUUGUUAGCUAUUCGACAAGUACGGAAGCCAUGGAGGCCAUUAAAGGAAUGAAUGGCAAGAUCUUGGGCAGGAGGUUGGUGUAUGUAGCUCUGUCUAAGAGCAGAGAGGAACACAAGCCUUUCCUCACCCAGACAGAGCAGAAGACAUGGAGCAGCCGGCCUACCAACCCCCGGCAGAGUAAACACAAGGACACACAGAGAGAGAAUACUUUUGAAUGCAAUAAUAUGAUCUAGAAUAGUGCAAUGGUAAUACAGAAUUACAAUAAUAUUAUGUACCAAGAUAAAAGGAAUGACAAUUAUUAUGUAAAAAUAUCUAAUACCUGUACUGUACCUGUAAAACACACACACACACACACACACACACACACACACACACACACACACACACACA